AUGGACCCAGGGCUCCUGCUUGCAGCGUACCACCAGAUUGCCUCAGGUCUCCAGGCUGUCAUCCUCGUCAGAGCCCCUGGCGAGUGCCCGCUGUGUGUCUGCGCGCUGGACUCCCGUGAGAGCGAGUGUGUGUUGGAGCCGGUGCUCGCGAGGUCCUUUGAGGUCAUCCAGGAUGCGUACCAGGAGUGCUCGAGUUCGAGGGACGGGCUCCGCUCGAAUUCCCCUUGCUCGUCCGACGGCUCGCGGAUCUGGCUGCUCGUGCUCUUCAUUCUCAGUUGCUUGGUCGGCGCGCUGCUGACCGUCAUCGUCUCGUGCUGCCUGUCUGUCUCGAGGCGCACCGUCCGCGGCCUGCUCACGCAGCCCGACACCCACCGAGCCUUCGCCGACGUGGCUGACCAAGAGUCCGAGCCCCGA